GUUAGUAAGAUUGUUUUUCUGUACCACCUUUUGUUCUUCGGGUUUUUGAGAUUUGGUUGUUUCUGGGAGUGAUUGUUGUUGCAGAAUUGGGGUUGUUGGAAAUCAAAUUCUGGGUUUUUUUUCUUUUUAUUUCAUGUUUCGUUUUACAAUUCGGGGUUGUAGAAAAUCGUUUUUGUGGUUUUGUGAUUUUUUCUCUUAUGUGGGCAAUUGUUAUAGCGGAUUUUGUGUGUUGUUGGGUGGAAUUGUAUUUUAAAGUUUAGGGUUCUUCAAUGCAUUAGUUUCUAUCAGUGUUCUUUGAAUAAUUUGGGUUGUGGGUUUCCUUUAGAAACUUGUUGGAUUUGAAGCUGUGACAGGGGGUUUGAAAAAGAAGCACAGAAGUACUGUUUUAAGACUUGGUGGUGUUUUUCUUCUAUGUAGUGGUUGAAGUUGUUACAGCCAAGCUUGUGCUUCGGUUCUAAUUAGUGUUUUCAAUGAAUGGUACUUUAAGUUUCCAAUUGGGAUUACCUAAUUUGAACUCUUAAUUUUUCUAUUCCUUGAAUCCUAAUUGGUCUUUUAGUUCUCUCGUUUGUGGAGUGUUUAAUGUUGGUUUUUGCAGUUUUUCAGUUCCGGCAAAAUGAAGACUAGAUCAUCAUCAUCCUCCAAUAUAUUUUCUUCUGGUUCUAACCCUUCACAGUCUCCCCUAUCAUCGUUCCAGUAUCCACCAACAUCAACAUCGCAAAGUGACAAGGUCCAUUAUCCCUUCAAAGGUUAUGAUGAAUGUUGUGAUGGUGUCGGGGGUAAAGGAUAUGCCAAGAGUGCACUCUAUCGGAUCUUGUGGACAAACAUUUUCCCAUAGAAAGGCAUAAAGAAAGUUGUAGAGCACGAAUACAAAACAACAUUGAUUGUUUUGUUGCUUGGGAGUGUGUUUUGCUGGAUAUGCAAAUGUGGUUGUGUACUAAUUGCUUCCACAUCCAUGCUUGGAAGAAGUCGUGCAAAUCAACUUCACAUCGUGCAAACAUCAUUACAGGACUACUUAAGGGCAAUGUUGCCGAGUUUCUCAUUCAUAGUAUCUCGAAGCCACAAGCUACUGUUGCAUCUGUGUGUGCUGACAACCUGGAUACCAUCAAUUCUGUGGAAGAUAAUGCUGUUGUUUGUCUUACUUUGGACUUACUCAACACUGUUUUUCAACAUCGUAUUACCACCAUUGCUAGCAUUCCCCCUCCUUGCAGACUCAACUUCUCCAAAGCCCUUAAAUCUGCACUUGACAAGGUAUUCUCUAACCCACAUGAUUGUUCUACCUGGCUACAACUUUUAUUACUGCCAGUUUGUACCUUGAACCUCUAUACACCCAAGUGCUCUAUUGAUGAGAGGUCUGGCAAUAGGAGAAGGCUACAAAUAACCGAUAUUAAUCUAGCAUUAACACAAUGGGGGGAAACCAAUGGGUGUCUCCACAUAAUUCAGCAGCUGCUUGACUUCACCAAACAACAACACGGGCACACAUACCACAGCAAGAAGAAGAAGAGUAAUUCCAAUAUUCAGGCAUGCAGGAAGAAAAUUGGGUAUGGUUAUUAUACGACAACCAUUAGAGUUUUGUCUUCCAAUGGCAUUGCUCCCUUCAACGACGACACUCUGAAUGAAUUGGCUCAGAAACAUCCACAGGCUCCACCACCACGCAUCCCAUCUGAACCCAUGGGUGUUAAUUCUCUUUCUGUUAACAAAAGUGUAGUUUUGCAGGCAAUUAAGAGCUUCCCCAAAGGGAUCUAUUGUGACAGAGAUGGCCUUAGAGAUCAACACCUCAGUGAUGCAACGAGUGGUGUAGCCGCGACAGUGGCAGAUGGAUUCCUAAUAUCCAUCUCAGGUGUCGUAAACCUGUGGUUAUCAGGCCAAUGUCCACCUGUGUUGGGAGAAUACAUCGCAAGUGCUCCUCUAACACCUUUGCUUAAUCCUGGGGGAGGUUUGAGACCCAUAGCAGUGGGCACUAUCUGGAGGCGCCUAUGCUCUAAGUUAGCUGCUACGUCUGUCAGCAAGGAAAUGGCCAGCUAUUUAGGUAAUCAUCAGUUCGGUGUGGGGAUACCUUGUGGCGGUGAAGCAAUUUUACACUCUGCCAAUAAACUUCUUGAGAUGAAAGGUACCCAAAACACCAUGACUAUGUUACUUAUAGAUUUCACAAAUGCCUUUAAUUUGUUGGAUAUUUAUGUCAUGAUAAAAGAGGUCAGGGCUAAAUUCCCAAGCAUUUCAUGGUGGGUUGAGUUCUGCUACUCCAAACCUGCUCGACUCUACUACAAUGAUUCAAUUUUAUGGUCAUCAAAAGGAGUCUAGCAGGGAGAUCCAUUGGGUCCUUUGUUAUUCGCAUUAGCCUUACACCCUCUUGUAAUUACGAUUGUUGUUGAGUGUAAUCUUGACUUACAUGCUUGGUACUUGGACGAUGGAACCAUUGUUGGUGAUAACCCUCGAAGUAGCAAAAGGCCCUCGAGAUAAUACAAGAUUCAGGGCCAGCAAGAGGCUUAUACCUAAAUCUCAGUAAAACAGAGAUAUUUUGGGCUGUGGCUGAUCCUAGAUAUAGCGAAUCUGAUUUGUUUCCUGCUAAGAUUAGCCAGCACGUACAUGGUGUGAAGCUUCUUGGUGGACCAGUGAGUCUCAACACCCAAUAUUGCAGCAACAUGGUUUUUAGUCGAGUAGAAAAGACGAUUCAACUUAUGAGCACAAUCAAGAAAUUACAAGACCCACAAUGACGCAAAAAAUCUGUUUGACACACAUCUAAUUCACUACAUGCGUCAGCUGAACGUUGGUGACGGAGCAGGUUUUGGUGUUGUGCAGCAGCGUAUCGCAACCUUGCCCAUUAAAGAUGGAGGUCUAGGGGUUUAUACAAUGGCCGACACCUCCAAAUACUGCUACCGUGCGUCUUGUGCUCAAACACAGUACUUACAAGGGCCAUUCCCAUUGAUGGGCUAAUGCAGUCACUUGGGCCACGCCAAUUCCGUGCAGUCCUUCAAUAUCGUUUGGGUAUACCACUGUUUGCAGAGGCUAGUUUGUGCUCCAGCUGUAAUCGCGUUGUGGACAUUUAUGGCGACCAUGCGCUACAUUGUGCCAAAACAUUGGUCCCAAGUUCCGUCAUGACAUAGUUCGUGACGUUUUUGUUGAUAUUUGUUAUAAAACAGGUGUUGCAGUAUGUAAAGAAGCUUCUUUGGGCUUCUUAUCCGACAAAGCUGGUGCCCUCAAGCCUGCAGACAUCCUUGUUCACAGUUGGGAAAAUGGCAGAGAUACAGCAAACUACUAGGUCACCAAACUAAAAUGGCCGUACUCCUCAAAUCACAUUUUGCUCUCCUCUAACAAAUAAAAAUUAAUAAAAUCAUGGUUCGGGGAAAAGAAAAAACCAUCGUCCCCACGAAAUCGUUCGAAAUCCUUUCUCGCUUCCAGUUCCAUAUCGAGGGAACCACAAAACAAAAAAAACUCCUCCUUCUCUUCCUUGCAGAAAUUUUCAAGAAUUGAUUAAGUAAAUCUGAUGAACCGUUGUGUCGUUGAUUUUUAGAGUCUUACUUCUACAACCGCAGGAAUGGAUAUCUUUGUAACUGUAACCAAGAAAAAGAUAACACCAGAAAUAGAAUUGCCUUCAUCUUCAAGAAGGGAUACUGCGUAUUUUUUUUGGGUGUUAUGUGUUAAUUUAUUCACCAUGCCGCUGUAAAAUUUCCUAUUCAAAUACCUUCCUUAUCAGCUUUCUCUUAUUUUAGGUGUGUAUUCCUUCAUCAAAAAGGGGAAGUCUAAACCCAUCCACCCAUGAAUUUUGAGGGAAUUUCAAUUCCUAUUACUCAUCUAAUUCUUACCAAAAAAGUCACCCUGUGACUUUGAUUCCUAUUGAGAUUUGGUAUAUAGAGUUUUUUUUUCUACUUUCCCGAUUUGCUUCUUCUCCCUCUUUUCUGUUUGGAAACAUCAGAUCAUCUGCAUAAAUAAAGUUCCUGAUUUUUGUUUGGCUGAAAGAAAAAAUUCUGAUUUUUGAAGACUGAAGGUUCAGAAAAAAUAAAAAAUAAAAAUCAGAUUUUUAUUUCACUCUUGCGUAAGUUAUGGAGAUGGCUGCAAAAGAGAUGAGAAAUUUAAGGAAGAAUAAGAUGAGAUUGUCAAGGGAGAACAAGAUUAGAAGAGCAAAAGAUAUGAAUGAUCAUGCUGCUGCAUAUUAUCCUGUGGAGAUGACAUCCAAAGAGAUAAGAGCUUUAAGGAAGAACAAAUUGAGAAUGUCAAGGCAGAACAACAUGAAAAUUCCAAGGCAGAAGAAGAUAACAAGAGUAAAAGAGAUGACACAUAUUGAUGAUGCUGCAGCUCAGCCACAUCUUCCUGAGGAGAUGAAUAUUGAUGCUGAUGCUCCCCCUGCCCCUACGCCAUAUCUUCCUGAGGAGAUGAAUAUUGAUGCUGCUGCUGCGCCUACACCUGUGCCAUAUCUUCCUGAGGAGAUGAAUAUUGAUGCUGCUGCUGCGUCGCCAUAUCUUGCUGAGGAACUAGUAAUAGAAAACAUUCUCACCAGAUUACCUUUUCGGACUCUAUCUCAAUACAGCUGCAUCAGUAAGUUAUGGUGCAAUUCAAUUUCAAAUGAUGCACACUUUGCUAAGACUCACUUUGCUCAUAACAAAAAUCGUAAGUUAAAUCUAGUCUUCAAUUUACUUAAUUUAUGGACUUCCAAAGGAGGAGCUGCUUUUUUCAGUCUAGACAGUAAUUACAAAUUUAGAUUAUUAAUGAACGUAAAAAACCAAAGCAGAGCUGAACUAGUAGGUUACUGUAAUGGGUUCGCUUGUAUUGCAGAAGUUCGUAAAUAUGGGUCUGGUCGUAAUUAUGUGAGUAUCAUUAACCCUAUCAGGAGGGAAAUACUUUCUCUCCCCUAUCAGUAUCCUAAUGAUGGUGGGGAAUGCCAAUAUUUAUGUCAUGGUUUUGGUUUUGAUUCAUCAACAGACGAAUACAAGCUUGUAAUCAUUUUUACUUCCAAAGACAUUGAGGAGUACUUCAUAAGCAUGGUCUUUACUUUGGGUACUAGAUCAUGGAGAAAGAGUGUUACAAGUGUUGCUCAAAUCUCCCCACCACCAGGUUGUUCUCCUUUUCCUAGUCGAUUGGUAACACGCAGAGCAGCCACUCUUUGUGGGGGUGAUCUUUUCUGGAAGAUAACUGCUAAAGGUGCAGUAGAAGAAGAGGCGACAGUCGUCACUCAUAAUCAUACUGAAGAAGUUCGUGAUAAUAAUAAUAGGAUUGGCAUGUUGCUCUCGUUUAACAUUCACAAGGAGAAGAUUCAGUUCGUUCAACUCCCGGCUGAAUGUAAUGUGACGGCCCCAAUGCCGACAACGAUGAAUGUAGUAGUUGAACAUCAUCUUCUGGAGCAUAAAGGAUAUCCUUGUGUUGCACAGUCCGAAAAGGCAAUGGCCUGUUGUUGCCCUGAUGGUCAGAGCAGUUUUUGUUGUGGCUGUUGUUGCUUUACGGUUCAACUGUAUUUAUUGCAAGACAAGGAAAAGCAAGUGUGGAUCAAGGGGGAGACUUUCAGUGUUCAAGUCAAGGAUCUAGGUUUACUACCAGCUCCCUUUUGUUGUUACUUUGACACUGCUACUACUGCUGCUGCUACUACUGCUAGAUAUCCUACGCGAAUUCUGAGCGUCUCUGAUCAGGUAUUACUGCAUUGGUUUGAUGGAAAAUGUCUUAAAAUUUACAAUUUGCAGACAAAACAUCUCGAUGUGGUAGGAUCCUCUUCCUGCAGUGAUGAGCUAAGUGGUUUACUUUUUGAUUGUAAGACGUGUGGAUUUCCCCCCUUCAAUGGUAUUGGCAAUCAUGGUUAUAGUUAUCACCUAUACGCGGAUUGUCAGCUGCACGUUCAAGCUGAAAGCAUCCUUUCUCUGAAAACUUUCAUUCCUGCAGGAGAAACUAGAAGGUACUAUGAUACUAAGGUUCCGAAAUCUCAAAAAAAUAAUCCACCUGCUGGAUGGUUGAGUACUGAAAGAGAAUCAGUAAAAUAUCGUGUUUUCUUUUAGGUUGUUUUGUACUGCUAUUACCUGAUUGACUUGUGUUAUGGUAUUCUGGUCAAUUUACUGAUCACUCAACAUUAUUAAGGUUUAUGCCAUUUGUUUUUUAUUUUA